GCAGGGCUGGGGGAGAGACCCAGCUCCAAAUCUCGGUGGCGGAGGGCCCCCAGCCCUGAAUAUUCCUGGAGCCCAGGCGCCCCGAGAGAACAUAACUCGCAAACGCGACCCGCAGAAUCCUACGGCUCAUAAGGGCAGGGAGAAGGGCAGUGGCUUCAGCAGCUGUACUGAGCAUGCUCAGUACGCAGCAAGUCGCACAUUACUAAGCCCAGCAGACUUCUCCACUACACCGGACGUGACGGCUGGCGGUGGUGGUCCGGGAUGAGCCGCGCGAUCCUGUGGGGCUGGCGGCCGCGCCCGCUCUCCUGUCUCGUCUGUCCAGUGCGACGUCUCAGUCGGCAACCGGGGCCCGAGGAUGUAGCGGAGUCUGAGAGCUCUAGGCCCAUCCCCUUCUCCACCAGCAAAGCCAGCCCACGGGUCUGGUCUGUGGACAGGUCCAUGGGAAGUGACUAUCGGAGACCCUGGGUGAAAGUGCUGCCGGUCAGCCUGCUAGGGAUAGGGCUGCUGCUCUGGUGCGUUUUUAGGGAGGAGGCAGAAGUCGACGAGCGACUGGGAGCCGUUUUCCAUGCGCAGGUGCCAGGCUUGUUAGAUGAGACCCCAGAAAACAAAAUGCUGCCACCAUCCCAACAAGAAAAAUGAUGACCUGAGGGAAGGUAGCUGUAAUAGCAGGCCCCCUAGGAAACUGCUGGUAUUCCAGGUGAUCUGAUGCUGCAUUGACUUGCCUGGAAACUCUUGUUUUCCCCACCCAUCACUGUCUUUAUUCUGCAAGCCUGAUUCCUCGCCAUCACUGGUAAUUCUUACUAAUCCUCAUAUAACUCAUGGCAACAGAGUUAAUCAAGUGGA